AUGCACGGGUCCGAUGACCCGCCAGCCCCCGGUCCUGGGCUCCCGGCCCCCACCCCACCCGACAUGCCCGACCACUCCUCCACUCUGAAUGAGCUGGAGGCGUUCCUGCGCCAGCCCGAUGCCAUCAUGGAGCCCUCCAUCGUGGACAGGCUGCGCGAGUAUGUCAUGGCCAAUGGACACCCCCAGCAGGCGGUGGAGUACCUGAGUGACAGCUACCAGGGCUACGCCCAGAUGGCUGUGCUGGUCUGCCAGUGGCUGGCCGCCGUGCAACAUGGGGCAGCUGGGAAUGACCCUGGAACCCCACGGGCCGCCAGCCAGCCCCCUCUGGACGAGGCCUCCUGUCUCAGAGUGGACGGGCGCCAGCUCAUCUACGACCUGUCUGGCCGCUACGCCAACUCGCUGCUGCUGAACUUUGCGAUCCAGAAGAUCCUGCAGCAGCCCGGGCGCGAAGCGGAGGUCGCGGCGGUCGGGCCGCGCCUGGGCUCCUACUUUGGCGUCUUCCACCGGCUCAUGCAAAACGCCAGCCAGAGCCAGCACACCUACAUUCACGUCCAGUCGGUGUUACAGAGCCUGGGCGCGCACCCCCAGGGGGCCCGUUUUCGCCGGCUGGCCGCUGACCUGGCAGGGCACGCCGCCCAGACCCAGGGCGCCGUGGUGUGGCGCCUGAGCCCGCUGUUCUGGGGCGAGCCGGGGUCUGGGGCCGUGGGUCCCCUGCUCGCCGACCUCAUGGCCAGCGUGGAGGGCGGCCCGCUGCCCAGCCUGGAGGUCAUCAGGCUGUGCGCCCUCUACGGCGCCGAGCCGGCCGAGGCGCGGCCCAGCCUGGACCUCCUGCGCCACCCUCGAGUCUUCUGGGUCCUGCUGGCGGCCCUGUUUGGCCCCGGGCAGGGGCUGGCGGGCCAGGCCCUCGCCGGCGCGGUCGAGCUGCUGGCGCGAGCCGCGGCGGGCGGGCCCGAGCGCGAGGCGGCGCUGGAGGCCACGCGCGCCGCGCUGAUGGGGGCGGUGACGCUGACGCGCAAGGCGCUGCACGACGCCAAGCUCAGCGCGGAAGAGCUGGAGGGAACGGGCGAGGUGCUUACGGUGCCCAUCUGCGCAGCAGGGCUGCUGUGCGGCAUGGAGCUGCGCUUGGCCAAGCCGGCCCACUGGAGCACGACCUUCCACGGUCUGCGCCUGCCUCCCUUCCUCGCCCUCCUCCGCAGGGUCAUACCGCUGCAGCCCCAGCUCCACGAUGAGAUCCUGCGCCUCAUCGGCAGCAUCCUGGAGGCCAUGGGCAACAGCAACCACGACGUGGCCCGCGCCCUGCUGGACUGCGCGGUACAGCUGCUGGCGGCGGGCCGGGUACUGCAGGUACUAGAGUGGGCGGCCGAAUACCGUGCGCGCGCCGACCCCUCCCUCCUGCGCCACCUGGCCUACGGCGUGCUUGAGGCGGCCCUGCCCCCCUACUCCCCCGCCUUUGCCUCGGCCCUGCUGCGACUUAUGAUGCAUGCCGGGGUCAAGCAGCCGCGCGCCCCCGGCAGGGACGCGGGCCUGCGCGCGCUGCUAGAUGAGUUCGCCGCGGGGUGCAGCGCCCUGGAGUUCCGGCCGCCCCUGUCCUCGCGCGAGUCCGCCUUCCUCCUGGGCCUGUGCGAGCCGCGCUGA